AUGGAGGCCAGGCCCGGGACUCUGGUACCUCACCGCGCUACCGCACCACACCACACCGCACCGCACCGUACUGUACCAUACUGCACCGUGCCGUACCGCACCGCACUACCGUACCGUACCGUGCUACCAUACCGUACCCUACCAUACCAUAUCCUACCAUACCAUACCAUACCAUACCGUACCGUGCUACCAUACCGUACCACCAUACCGUACCAUACCAUACCAUACUGUGCUACCAUACCGCACCGCACCAUACCGUGCUGGGCACAGCGGUGCCUUGGCCGCUCACCCAGCCCGCUCUCGUUGCAGGCCGUGGACGAUCUGCUGCGCUGUGGGAUUUGCUUCGAUUACUUCAGCAUCGCGGUGAUCAUCCCGCAGUGCUCCCAUAACUAUUGUUCCCUUUGCAUACGCAAGUUUUUGUCCUACAAAACUCAGUGUCCAACGUGCUGUGUGGCUGUCUCGGAGUCUGACCUGAAAAACAACCGGGCGUUAGAUGAGCUGGUAAAGAGCUUCAGUUCUGCAAGGCAACAGCUGGUCCAGUUGGUCUUGGAUACACCACUGAUUUCAUCUCCACUGGCUUGUAGUAGGCGUUCAAUUGGCAAAAGCCACGCCAAGACUUCUGCAUCUUCGCCAGUUGUAAAAGAAGAGGUGCCAGUGAUUGACAGUUUCUUGAAAAAGGAGAAUGUUUGUACCCUGACAAAGACAGAUGGUCUGGCAGGAACAGAUUGGAAAGUUUGCAAAACUGAGGAACAUCAUAACAUCAGCAGCAGUUCUCCAGAGGCUGGUAGCAAAGACAACAAAGCAGGAUCACGAGAGAGUCCUGAAGGCACCAACAGUGGUGAGAAGCCUUCUGCAUCUGUGAUAAAAGUAGUCAACAAAGUGGACUGCCCUGUUUGUGGAGUUGCUAUUCCAGAAGAAUACAUCAACAAACACCUGGAUAGUUGCCUGAGCAGAGAGGAGAAGAAGGACUGCCUCAGGAGUUCUGCUCACAAAAGGAAGCCUAUGCCUAAAGUUGUUUACAACUUGCUCUCUGAUCGCGACUUGAAGAAGAAGCUGAAGGAGCACGGCCUGUCGUCCCGAGGGAGCCGUCAGCAGCUCAUUAAAAGGCACCAGGAAUUUGUGCACAUGUAUAAUGCUCAGUGUGAUUCUCUAAAUCCCAAGUCGGUCGCAGAGAUUGUUAAAGAGCUGGAAAAGAAUGAGAAGAUUCGGGUUCAGCUUGAACUGAAUAAGAGUGGUGAAAACAGCCUGACCUUUACAAAGGACCAGACAGAGGAGGAAAUAGACGAGAUUCACACCAGUUAUCGAAACAAACACAGAAGCGAAUUUCAAUUUUUAGUGGAUCAAGUGAAAAAUCGGUGGGAGAAAAGCGGUAAGAGGAAAACAGAAAGCACACAAAAGAAAAAAGAAGGCACUUUCAUAGGAUUACCAGCAGGCACAGGGGAAGAUCCUGAAGAGCAUCACUCAGCUGCAGUCCUUGGAGAAGCCCAGGUACUCGAACCAGGAGCUCCUGAUGGCACACGAAGUGACCCUCGUUCCCCAGAGGAAGGCCAGGGCUCGGGCUCUCUUGCAUUCUCAGAGUCAUCUGGAUCAUCGAGCAGCUCCAGUUCAGAUAUCUUGAGAGAUCUGGAAGCUGAGAUUUGUUUGGUGUCCUCUGACAGGUGUUGGAUGCCAGAGUUGGAGCUCUGUCCUUGCCCAAGCCAACCGCAUUACAAAGUGAACCAGCGGGUAUGGGAAGGGAGCUGCCUUUCCCAAGGACCGAAAUGUGCACACUGCUGUGGAAGCAACUGCCUUCUGGACCUGAGAACUAGCAAGAGGAAGACGUGCCAGUCCUGGCUGCCAGGAGGGGAUCGACUGCUUCCUAGGAGCAAGAGGAAGAAGAGCUGAUGCUGUGGGCUUAGUCUUAAGCCUUCUGCACUACCUGAGAAGUGCUUCUUAGGCUUCUCCUGCUUCCAGUGUAUCAGGGUACUUUAUUCUUGCAUAACUGCUAUUCAGGCUGCCUUAAAAUAACCAAGUGAGUGCGCAGGCACUUCUGUUUGCCCCAUAACUGUAAUCCUGCUGGGGGUGCAGGGUGAGCCCUCCUGCAGCCAAGCGGUGGUUCUGUGUGGCACUGCAGCCCUGCCCUGCCCACAUGUGCAGGCCCUGCAGUGUGGGCUUUGCAGGCUGUGGCUGCAUGGAAACUCUUCCCUCUUUGAGCACCACACUAGAAGGGCAAUAAAUUUGUUUGAUUUGAUGUAAUUUGGUUUUCUGCUAGUGAAAUAAACUGUAAACUCAAACUGCA